AUGAGUGCUCCACUAGGUCACACCGGAAACAGCGAAGGGAAUAACAUAAUUAAUUUCGUCCAGUGGAUCGAUAGUAUCCUCACCUCGGAUAUCUUGGUGAACGGUAAUUUUUUGCGUAUAGAAGAUGAGAAGGGGAAGAAGAGGAAGCGAGAGGAAAGUUUGGAGGAGGCAGCAACAGACAAGUUGAGAAAUGCAAAACGAUUUCCAUGCGAAAAUGUGAGAAAUAUGAGCAAAACUUUGGUGAGGGAUGAGGAGGAUAUAGAAAACUAUCACAGAGAAGGAAAUAAACAAGUUGCCAGUUCCCCCCUUUAUCGCAAUAUUAAAAGGUCAACAGACCUGUACCCUUCAGAACCUGAUGAGAUCAUAAUAUCUUUUCAGGCAGAUCAAGAAAAUGAUCUUAUCGAUAGGGAAAGAAUGUUCCCCAAGGAAAAAUCCCCAAAUGAUGAUUCUUCCUCAUGUGAUAUAUCCGAAAUAGAAAGCGAUGAAGAACAGAAUGAAGGGAUGGCGAAGUCGGGGAGUAAGGACGCAGAAGAAAAGAGUUCACUUAUUGUUAAUAGAAGUUACACACGGGGGAGUAGCGAGUAUGGCUAUACUCAUGAGGAAGUAAAAGGAGGAUCACCUGGCCCAUUUGUCUACGAUAUAACGAGCAGUCUUAUGUUCUUUUCGUCGGAUGAAGAUCACUACGAUGGGGAAGAGGGCGAUAGGAAUGGCGAAAAGGAUGCUAGAGAGGAAACAUCCAGGAGCUCCAACUAUCUGCCCUCCUGCCUGAACUAUGAUAAGAUGGAAAAAAAUAUAAGUACCAUGAGGGAGAUGGACGAUGAAUUUUACAACUUAUCAAGGCAGGACCAUCAAAAAGGGGAGGGUGCGAAAGACUUGGAUGACACUGGUAUAACAGUUCCUGCGGUCACUGCAAAGGUUGACAGGGAAUACAACCCCCCCCUCACGGAUCAUGUGCGCAAUGAAGGAAAAGUGGCCACUUCCAGCAAUGAUAACAGGUGGGCGACCAACCAGGAGGAAGGAAACAACGUAAGCAAUAGGAAUGUGACGAAUUUGAAGGCGGGAGAGAGGACGAAGAAUCAGGAGCAAGUAUCCCCAAAAAAUGCGGCCACAAAUUUCUCCUUCUGGAAUAUAGCACACGAAACGUAUGUAACAAGACCUCUGUACGCACAACACUUGAAAAAGGAGCAAGUCUCAUUGUUGGAUGAAUCAGAAGAAAUGGUCAAAAGUUAUUCUGUUAAUAAGUACUCCAUAAAAUAUGUGCCUAGGCAUUUGCUUUAUGUGGUGAGUCAAGUAGCAUCCAGGACGUUUUUCGACCCCCUAUAUCGGAAGAAGUUGUUUCGUCAUUAUUAG